ACAAAGCUCCUUAACGUAUUAAAUGAAUAAGAAUAAAAAGGGAUCAGCUGUAGAACAUUUAAAUUCUAAUAUUGAAAGUACCUUUGUCGCUCUCAAGGACUGUUCUAGCUUAAAAGAGACUUCUUUUGCAUUCAAGACAGAAUUGACAGCAGAUUAUCAGGGAUCUCAUAUUGUUUAUGCAUCAGAUGAAUUUUAUGGAGCCGCAGAUAAUCUUAUCAAAACUUCUUUAAAUAAUAUUGCUAUUCAAAAAAGAAGAAGAGAGAAUGAUAAUACUAAUGAAGAAGAUGAUAAUCAGCAGAAUGGUUGGCUUGUUAAACGUCAUGAAGAAAAUGCCAUUGCUGUUAUAAAAUUAGGAGUCCCUGGAAGAAUAAUUGGAAUUGACAUUGAUACUACUGGUUAUAUUCAAUGUGCUCCAAUCAAAGCAAAUGUAAAAGGAUAUUUAAUGCAAGAUAAUAAGUCUGAAGAGAUAGUAGAGAUACUUACCGAUGUCACAAUUUUGCCUAAUGCCCAUAACUUUUUUCAAGUUUUAACUUUUUCAAAUAGAAUUUAUAGUCAUAUACAAUUAAUGGUUGUACCUAGUGGUGGUGUUUCUAGAUUUCGUUGUUAUGGUGAAGUAGUUCUUCAAAACGUUUUAUAUGAUGAAACUGUUAAUCUAGCAUCAACAAGACUUGGGGCUCAAGUUAUAUAUAGACCAUCUGAUAUUAUUGGAGAAGACAUACCUUGUAUCAUUAUUGACCGAAAAGAUUCAAGAUAUGAUGGUUGGAUAACUCCAAGAAAACACAAAACACAAGAAGAUUAUACGAUUAUAAAGCUGGCUAGACUAGGCUUUGUCGAACAAAUACUUGUUGAUACAUCACAUUUCUUUGGAAAUGCACCAAAGAAGAUUAUUAUAGAAGGAUGUUCCAUAGAUGUGGAUAAAGAGUUUGAACAAAGAAACUUAUUAGAAAAUACAAGUUGGACAAGUUUAAUAGAUACAGAAUUAAUGCAUUUUGAACUUCUUCCUAAUAUGCUUCAUACUUUUACCUGCUGUUUCAAUAAAUCCAUUACACAUGUUCGCUUUCGUCCUAUACCAGAUGGAGGCAUACAGCAAAUUACUAUCAAAGGAAAGUUUUGUAAGGAUAUCCAUACUACAGUAUCUCGCGUUUGA